UGUCGUUGUCACGAAGAAAAUAAAUAAGUCAAAUACGCGCGGCCAACGCGCAUCAGUAGCGGCAGCGCGCUCGUACCGCACCAAUGUUCGCCGCUGAAAAGUUAGCAGCGCGGGAGGAGCUCCCCCUGAACAAAGAAAAAAAUGAGCCCGAGAAGCGAACGUUCCUCGAAAAACUUCACGAAAUAAAGUCGAACAUAACCGUCGAGCCGAUUUUCGCCGGACUCAUUAUACCGUCCAUGCUCGCGAGGCUCGCCAUUCAGAAUCUGAAUUUGGACAAGGCCUGCCGCGUUAAACUGAAUUUCGGCGACGAGAUCUGCGACUCGCUGAUACUGCGCAAAGGCAACUUAACGGAGUAUGAGGGCGAAGUGCAGAGGGUCAUAUCGUCGAUCGACGCGUGGAAGAGCGUCAUCCAGACGGCCAUUCCGACGAUCCUGGUCAUCUUCAUGGGAGCCUGGAGCGACCGUACGGGAAAUAGGAAAGUGUGCAUCAUGCUGCCGGUAGUCGGCGAGCUCCUGGUUUGCGUUAGCAACAUAAUAAGCACGAUAUUCUUCUAUGAAAUUCCAGUGGAAGUGACGAUGUUCUUCGAGGCUUUCUUCCCGGCGAUCACGGGCAACUGGGUGCUGGUGUACCUUGGUGUUUUCAGCUACAUCAGUGACAUAACUGACGAGAAGUCUCGGACGUUUCGGGUGGGGAUCGUAAACCUGUGCCUGACGGCGGGGAUUCCCAUCGGCACCUCGCUGAGCGGCAUCCUACUCCACCUGUGGGGAUACUACGGUGUGUUCCUAAUAUCGUCCAGCAUAUACGUUCUUGUACUAUUAUACGGGUAUUUUUGCCUAUCAUCGAACACGAAACCCAAGGAUGAUACGAAGAGCCAAGAGCCAGUGACACUAAAGGACAUUUACACAUUAGUCAAGGAGACGGUGGCUGUUGCGUUCAAAAAACGCGAUGGCGGUGGACGAGCGAAAAUCAUUUUGACUCUCCUCGCGGUCGCUAUCAUCUAUGGACCUGAUCAUGGUGAGAGGGAUAUCAAAUACUUGUUUGUGAGGUAUCGCCUAAAGUGGGAUGCUCUGAAAUACAGUAUGUACUCCACGUACAGUACCAUCAUGCACUCCAUGGGUGCCCUAUUCUCAAUAAGCGUGUUCAGCAAGCGUUGGGGUUUUCACGACUCACUGCUCUGCCUCAUCUCGGUGGGCAGCAACCUCGUGGGCUGCUUCUACAUUGCCUUCGUCACCACCGACUUGGGGAUGUUCAUGUUUCCCGUCGUUCAAAUUCUGAACGCGACCACUUUUACGUCUCUCAGAUCUAUGUCUUCAAAGCUGAUCAGCGCAGAGGAAUUAGGUAAAAUGAACUCCUUAUUCAGUUUAGUGGAAACGUUAGCUGCGCUGGUAUUCGACCCGUCCUACGCCAUCAUGUAUGCAGUCACUCUGCCGAUCUUCUCCGGCACGAUAUAUAUCUUUAGUGCCUUCAUGACGAUCCCGCCUAUCAUUAUAUUGAUAUAUCUCUUCGCAAAGCACAGACGAGAGGUAAAGGAUGCGCGUGCGCAGGCGCUGACUGAGGAGGCGCCGAAGAAAACAGAAGCGGAGAAGAGAGAUAAAACAGAAGCAAAUAAUAGUGUAACAAAAAUGUGACUGAUUUAGUUUUAAUAAACGAAAAAAUAAAAUA